CAGUCGCGUAUCAGACGCUGUGUGGACCACUCACUCACUCGUCUGCCCAUWCGCGUAACAGUAAUACAAUAUUAUCGGUCGCCUGCUGCAGUCUCGUCWCGCCAUAUCGCUGCACGGACGGAAGAGGACACACGUCGCGUCGGUACAUCGUCUCAUCAACGAUACACUAUCACAUUAAAAUAUUAUUGUGUCGUAAAUAUCGUAAAUAAUUUAUUGAUAUUAUAAUACUAUCACGUUCGUGCUGCAGCUCGCGGCGCACACGACCCGCCAGCAUGCAGUACUCUCAGCGACGGUGGUGCAACGCGACGGUCUCGGUGCUGGUGCUGUCCGGGCUGGUGCUGUUGACGCACGGCGCCACCAUCAAGUUCGACCAGAGUCAGACGGGUGACUACAAUCUGCAGAUACACCUGAAGAACAUCGAACUUUACGCGGUGUUCGGCGACUCUGGUGGUAACGACGACGAAUAUGAAGACUUACCUGACUACACGGACACAGUCGAAGGUCCGGCAAAACCACCGCAGAACGCAUCUUCAACUUAUACUCCGUCAUCGACCACGGUAGCAACAGCGGCGGUUGUAAGUACGAGUUCACCAGCGUCGGCAUUGCUCGACCCGUAUUCGCCAUCCAACAGUGACAAAAUUGUUCAGAUGGUCGAGGCGCUGAUCGCGAGCAACGGAAACACUUCGGACUUACCCACCGAACAGCCACCGUCGUCUGUGAUUGCCGUCACACCGUCGUCGCCACCUCCAUCCGGUCAGUCAUCUUCAACUGUUGCCACAGCRUCCGCUGCCGCUUCUACGACAAAUAGCACGGCCAACCGGAAAUGCGGACCCGGAUAUUUCAGGGAUCCGAUGGGCCGGUGUAGGCGCAUCCGAAAACCACAUUUACCGUUUUUGCAAAUGGUGCACACUCCAGGAGUGAUCAAGUCAUUCCAACCUCAGCAAAGGACCACUGAAGACGUUAGUGUGUUGAAAAAUUAAAAUUAAAACGAAAACGUAGGCUAAAUUAAUUUUGUUUUUAUAUGCUGCUCCGGACGAAUUAUGUUUUAAUAUUUAUUUAUCUUUUAUCUACUUAUACAUAAGAGUUUACAUUUAUUAUUAUAAAACGUUUCAAGAGAUUUAGCCAUGUGUAAUAUGUAUUUAUAAUUUAUUAAAAUAAAUGUUACUCACGUGAUAUUGUUUAAAGUUAAACAUUCAACAUUUUAGUCACUAUUCAUGUUUUGUUUUCCAAAAAAUAGAUGCUGGAGAUGAAUGUUACACAUAUUGUAGAUUUAUAGUAAUAUUCGAGCAUGGUGACCCAUUUAUUUUCAAAAAAAUAUUGCCAAGAUAGUAAAAAUACAAAAAUAAAAAAUGAUAAUAAUGUUAAUGUUAAAGUAUAGUAGAACUUCAUUAAUCCGGACUAAUUGGGGUUAUAGUUUGUCCGAAUUAGACAAAAUAACCAAGAAUCGUAAAUUAUAAAUUAAAAUAAAAUUAUURGAUAUAUACUUAUACAGUUAUACUACAAUACUUAAGUUUAUAUCUAACAAUAUUAAACCUACAAAAUAGUACAUAAUUGUAUUAUAAUCAUUAUAUACAACUCGUUUUCAUGUUUAUUUGAUGUUAUAAACUUGCUUGAUUUACGUAUUAUAAACGGYUGUCCAGAUUAAUGAGGUUUCACUGUACCUAUGAAUUGUAUAAUUAAUUAAAAUAUUUUAACUCAAUACUUAUGAAUUUAUAUUACUGUUGUUUACUUGUGUA